CGACCCCUUUAUUGAUACAUCAUCUCUUUCGUAAGCUCAAACUUGCACACAUUCCCUCUCCUUUCAUAAACUGAAACUUUCCUUUAUCGGUAUCUUUAUUGUUAUAUUCUAAUGCUCGAACGUAAUGCCAUGGCUUUCAUUCUGCGUGAGUAACUUUUAACUUUCCGACUGAGCAAACGGAGAAGGAGAGGGAAACGCAGAACAAGAACAGUAAACAAAGCAAAGCCGCCACCCAAUGCCCCGCUCCAAGGCCAAAAAGCUAAGCUCCCUCUUCAGCUCAGCCGUCAAAACCGCCACCACUAAAGCCUCCUCACCUGCAGGGGACGCAACCCCAAAACACUUCGUCUCUUCGCUCGACACGUCCUCCCCCACAGCCUCCGCUUUCAAAUUCCUCAAACGAUGCUCCGUUAUGUCCCCCAAACCCUCAGCUCUGUCAAAAAAAUCUACUCUCCCCAGCCUCAAGCUCGACGCAGCCUCAGAUUCCGUAGAGGAUUCGACAAAGCAGUUGUCAGAGGAGAUAUCUCAUAUAUUGUGCGGUGGUGCAUUAGAUAGUUCAGCUGAUUUGCAAGGAACUGACGAUGAACACUCUUUAAAAAAGGUUCUGGAGAUACCAUGGUUUUCGAAAUUGUCUCACCAUGACAUAUCAGUACAAAGGAAAGAUGUAUCUCGUGCAAGGAAACAGAAAUGGAUUUACAAAAGCUCUCAUGGGAAUCGCUUUAACCGGUUAGUUACAAUGUGUGGACAGAAACUAGGAACGGAGGCUACCAUGCAGGUAUUUGUUAAAUUGGGACGAGAAACAGGUAUCAAAGAAUAUAAUGCAUUGAUAAGAAUAUGCAUAGAGAAGGCCAUGACAAGUAAUGAUGAAGACAUUGCAUUAGAACAGACACACAAGGUGUUUAGACUUUUUGAAUCAAUGAGAGAACAGGGUUUCCAGAUAGAAGAAGCAGCUUAUGGUCCAUUUCUUAUGUAUUUAAUUCAGAUGGGUUUGGUACAAGAAUUUCAUUUUUUCUGUGAAGUUUUUAGAAAAUGGAAUCCUCGCCUAAUUUCAAGAUUAGGCUACUAUGAGAUGCUGUUGUGGAUAGGAGUAAACAAUGAAGAAAAGAUUCGUGAGAUUUGUAAUUACAUUGCACUUGAUGACGGGGAAGACAAGUCCAAUUUGCGAGAUAAUUGUUUGUUAGCACUUUGUGAAAGUGACAGGAAGACGGAGCUUUUGCAGUUAUUGGAAAUUGUAGACAUAACAAAGCUUUCACGCCCAGAUUAUGUAGCAAAUAUAUUUAAAUCAUUCGGAAGGCUAUUAUUGGAGUCUUUUGCUGAGAAAUUCUUUGUGGCAUUCAAAACCUGUGAUUGUGAAGCAGAAAACAUCUCAAAAUUCAUCUUCAGUUAUGUUGUUAGCAUUCCAAAUUUAGUGGAUCCAGUAUCCGGGAAGAUGAUCGCGAAGGGGCCUAAAGUUGAGGAUGUUGUUUCAAAAUUUAAAAACUUCCAUGCGAAAUUGGAAGUGGCACCUUCAUCCACAACAUAUGAGGAGCUCAUCACGUAUUGUUGUGAUUCACUCGAGGUGCAUGCUGCUCUUGAUCUAGUUGAUGAAAUGUGUGAAGUGGGGUUGACCUUAUCGCUGGAGGCUUUACACUCUGUUUUACAUGCUACUGAAGCGAGCUUUGACUUUAAUUUGGUACACCGUAUCUAUUCAGUGAUUUGUCACCAUGGUAUGAAGCCAAACAAUGAAACCUUCAGGAUCAUGAUAAAUAUGUGUGCAAAAAUGAAAGAUUUUAAGGGUGCAUAUAGUAUGCUUGAGGAUUUGAAGAAAAUUAAUUUGACACCUACAGCCGGCAUGUACAAUGCUAUAAUGGCAGGAUAUUUUCAGAAGAAAAACACCUAUGCAGCACUGAUGGUUCUCAAGCAAAUGAAACUAGAUGAUGUAAAACCUGAUUCUCAAACAUACAGCUAUCUGAUAAGUCAUUGUGACUGUGAAGAGGAUAUCAUCAAGUAUUAUGAAGAAUUGAAGUGUUUUGGAGUUGUCAUCACAAAGCAAAUUUUCAUGUCACUUAUAAAUGCAUAUGCAACUUGUGGACAGUUUGAGAAGGCAAAGCAGGUUCUCUCAGAUAAAGGAAUUCCUGUUAAGAACCUGAAUGAAAUUAAGAGUGUGCUUGUGUCAGCUCUUGCAUCACAUGGGCAAAUGUCUGAUGCCCUCGACUUAUAUGAAGAAAUCAAGCAAGCUGGAUGCAGUUUGGAAUCUAAAGCUCUUAAAAUUCUUAUUGAGCAUUUUCAAUCCGAUGGAGAGUUGGGUAGAUUACUUCAGCUACUCAAGGAAUUGAAAGGUCUGGAGCAUUGGGUUGAUGGUUGCUGCAGGGUUAUCUUAUAUUGUGUUCAAUAUAAACAUUUAAGUUCUGCUGUUGAUUUGCUCAAGCAACUUAAGGAUGAAUUAGGUGAUGAUGAAUUGGCUAUGGAAGUUGUUUUUGAUGAGGUAUUUUCUCUGAUUGGCGAGUCGGAGCCUACACAUUUGCAGAUUGGACUGGACUUGCUUCGGGUUGUCAAGGAUGAGCUUUGCCUUACUCCUUCCCGGAAGUGGCUUGAUUUCCUUCUCAGUGCUUGCGUCAAUGCCAAAGAUUUGCAGAGUUCCCUUAAGAUUUGGAAAGAAUAUCAAGCUGCUGGCCUUCCUUAUAACGUCCUCAGUUUCUUGAGAAUGUAUCAAGCCCUUUUAGCAUGUGGGGACUAUAAGGCUGCAAACAUCAUGCUCGAACAAAUUCCAAAAGAUGAUCCCCAUGUUCGUUGUGUCAUCAAAGCUUGUCAAAAAUGUUAUAUUGUUCUGGAUGAUCCCACAAAGAAAAAGAAAAAGAAAAAGAAAAAAGAAGGAAAAAUGAGAGAUGAAGAGUAAAAAAUAAAAUGAUCAGAACCGACGUCCAAUAUUUUUGUUUAUGUUCGGAAAUUACAUCAUUAUCUAAUUCAUAUUAUGAGGGCAAUUUUCACA